GCUCAGAGUACUCCACCCAGACUCCAUCACCCCACGAAAGGGCCGAACGUCUGUCAGCUUCACCAUGUUCUCGCGAUUCGCCCGUCAGACCGCUCAGAAGGGUCAGUCCUUCAAGCGUUUCGCUUCCUCCUCUACCACCGCUGGUGCUAAGCCAUCCCUCGUCACCCCCAUCUUGGCCACCACCGUCGCCCUUGGAUCAGCUUUGGCGUACACCGCUACCUACGGAGGUUUGAGCGCCAACUCCCCCGCAGAGAACGGAUUGCACCCUGCCGCCUACCCAUGGAGUCACAAUGGAAUGCUUCAGGGUUUCGACCACUCUAGCAUUCGUCGUGGUUACCAGGUUUACCGUGAGGUUUGUGCUGCCUGUCACUCCCUCGACCGCAUUGCCUGGCGUAACCUUGUCGGUGUCUCCCACACCACCACCGAGGCUAAGGCCAUGGCUGAGGAGCACGAAUACACCGACGGUCCCGAUGACAACGGUGACAUGUUCGAGCGCCCUGGUAAGCUCGCCGACUACAUGCCCAGACCCUACCCCAACGACGAGGCCGCCCGUGCCGGUAACCAGGGAGCUCUUCCCCCUGAUCUUUCCCUCAUGGUCAAGGCCCGUCACGGUGGUGCUGACUACAUCUUCGCUCUUUUGACCGGUUACUGCGACCCUCCCGCUGGUGUCCAGGUUCCUGAGGGCAUGAACUACAACCCUUACUUCCCUGGUGGUCAGAUUGCUAUGGCCCGUGUCCUUUACGACGGUCUCGUCGAGUACGAUGAUGGUACCCCCGCCACCACCUCCCAGAUGGCCAAGGAUGUUGUUACUUUCUUGAACUGGGCCGCUGAGCCUGAGCUCGACCAGCGCAAGAAGAUGGGUAUGCAGGUGUUGGUUAUCUUGACCGGUUUGUGGGCCUUGUCAGUGUGGAAGAAGAGAUUCGUCUGGUCUACUCUCAAGACUAGGAAGAUUGCGUACAUUCCUCCGAAGGAGAAUCACUCUGUCUGA